AUGGACGACAGCCGGGAAAAUCUGCUUUCGAUUCCUAUCUUAGAAGAUUAUAGUGCUGGUGAAAGAUAUGGUUGCAGCAGAUGUUGCAUGCUACCGCUAGAUAGCUUGGCAAAGUCUUAUGAUUACGUGAACGAUUUUCUGAAGAAAGCACUGGAAACGGGACGAUCUGACCCCCGAAAAAUAAUUUACGGCAUCAAGAUGGGAUUCGCAUUAGCUCUUGCAUCUCUGCUUAUGUUCUGGGAAGUUUCAUUUACCGAUUUAGGCCAGUAUUCCAUCUGGGCUAUCAUCACAGUCAUCGUCAUGUUUGAGUAUAGCAUAGGUUCAACAUUUAGUAAAGGAUUCAAUCGAGGUUUAGGAACACUUGGUGCUGGAAUGCUUGCUUUCAUUUGGGCAGAGAUAGCCGUGCAGUCCGGACAACGGGCUAAAGAAGUUAUUCUCAUUAGUUUCUUCAUCACAGGAUCGAUAGCAUCAUAUUUCAAACUCUACCCCAGCAUGGCACCUUAUGAGUAUGGAUACAAAGUGUUUAUAAUGACCUUCUGUAUCCUCAUGGUGGCUGGAAAUAGGAGCAAACAUUAUACGGUGGCAAUCCUUACUCGAUUAUCACUCAUUGCUUUAGGUGGUCUCAUUUGUUUCAUUGUGAACACCAGCAUUUGCCCUGUCUGGGCUGGAGACGAUUUACGCUCCUUGGUGGUGAAAAAUUUCGAAGAUCUUGCAGCUUCUCUGGAAGGCUGCGUUGAUGGUUACUUGAAAGGGGUGGAAUAUGAGAGAAUCCCAUCGAAAAUUGUCAUGAACCAAGACUCUGAUGAUCCAUUGUAUAAGGGAUACAGAUCAGUAUUAGAGUCCAAAAGCAAAGAACAAACUCUGUUUGGUUUUGCAAUAUGGGAACCUCCCCAUGGACGUUUCAAACCAUGUCACUGGAAAAGCUAUGUCAGAUUGAGUAAUGCAGUGAGGCAUUGUGCAUUCACAGUCAUGGCAUUGCAUGGAUGCGUCAUGUCGGAAAUUCAGGCACCAAUGGAGAAGAGAAUUCUUUUCUAUAAUGAAUUGAAGAAAGUUGGUGCUGAGGGUGCAAAGGUUUUGCGUAAAAUAGGAAGCAAAGUGGAGAAGAUGGAAAAAUUAGGCCAUGAAGAAGACAUGCUUAAGAAAGUGCACAAAGCAGCUGAAGAGUUACAAAAGAUCAUCGAUGCUCGAUCAUACCAACUAGUGAAUACAGAAAACUGGCCUAUUCGAAGGCAUCCUCACGAGGAAGAUGAUGAUCAAGAAAUGGAAGAUCAGAAAAAUCUACUACUCAAAUCCCACAGCGAAACUGCUGUUGACCUGAUGAGAGCAAAGAAUCUACCAGCAACCCUUCAUUCUUCUUCAUAUGUCUUUUUGAAACCAUCAUACGAGAAACAAAUUCCAUGGCCAUCACCUAUGACAUUGGAUGCAAUUGGAUUAGGCAAAGACGACGAAAUUAGGACAUAUGAAAGUGCAAGUGCAAUGUCAUUGGCUACAUUUGCUUCCCUUCUAAUCGAAUUUGUUGCAAGAAUUCGGCAUGUUGUCGAAUCAUUUGAAGAUUUAUGCGAGAAAGCAGAGUUUAAAGAACCUGUUCACAUCUGA